AUCAUAGCACAUGUCCUGUAAGACUGAUUGCUGAACUGCAUGAGGAUGGAGAGCUCAAGGUGCUUGUGAAGCAAACAUGUAUGUUACUGGGCUUGCACCCGUGGCUGCAGCGUAACCUGUGCCUGCACCAGGGAAGCAGCAGGCACUUGUCUGAACAAGAAAGAGCAGCAGCCAGCCAGCAGGCAGAGCUAAGGAUUAACCCAAGAAUUAGCAAAGUCAAAAUGCUUAAUACAUACAGCAGGGACCAAAGAAACAGUUAUGCCACUGGGAACUCUAAGAGUUCAGUUCCUCACUGGAUCAUCACCGGGGGAAAGUAAGCAGAGCCUGUGCUUAAUGAGGUGUUUCUGAUCCUCCCCAUGUUCCCUGUCCCUGGUCUGUGUUAGAAGAAUUUGCUAAGGAAACAUUAGGAAAAGCUACCACAUAGCUUCUACACAGCAGCCAUCCCUGCUCUCCGCUCCCCUCUCACCUCUUAACAAACUUCCCACCACCUCAUGUUUCCAAUUCUGCCACUAGAUCUUCCAGCUCCAGCUUCAGACUUCCUUUCCUGCCCGACAGUGGUCUUUACAUCUGUCAUCUUCCUGCCAUCCAGCACGGGAAAAAGAAAACCCUUUCUUACUUAAAUUAGAGCUGGAUUCAUGAGGUUCCAGCAGGUCUGCAGGAAAAUAUGGAUCUGGUGAGGGUGCCAGAUGUAGUGUCAUCCAACACAGCAGUCACUUGACAGCCCAGUGGAGACCCAGACUGUCUCAAACUGGUACCUUCUCUUGGUCACACCAUAGUGCUGUGCCUCCUGCUUGAGGUGACAGGGUCUCAUAGGUUAGAAGGGAUGCUGGGCCAGAGUGCUCAGCACAGCUGGAGGGAUGUGGGAGAGUAUGAAUCCUACAAUGUAGGGCCCUGUGAAACCAGGCGCUUGCCCUGCCCAGAUGCUUAUCACACUUGCAGUGACACACAGGUUCUCCACUGCCUAUUGACAUUCUUUGCAACAGACAGACAUGCAAUAAUUCCCUUAGUUUCAACACCUGUAGUCAAAUUGCUGCUUACAGUGAUACCAAACCAUUUGUGUCUUGGAUUAGUCAUUUCCCAGGGCAAACUAGAUUUAAAAUAAGGAGACCUGGUAAAAUACAAGGUGCCCCACCUUUUUCAGAAGAAGCUUUAGUUGUAUAACUAAAGACUGGUCUUCAUUUCUUGGCUGGUAACUUCCUCCUUUCACCACACCUACGGUUACUGGCAGGGAAAAAAAAGAGAGCAAACUGUUGUCAGAGACAGAAGAUACGUGCCAAAGAAAUUGUGGGAUCCUUCAAACCUUUUACCUGCAGAAGUUCCAUGUGGGAAUCCAUAUGCUGAGGCUGUGCGUUGUGUUGAUCUACCUUUUGUAUGCGGUGAAAACAGAUCCCGAGGAGACAUGCCCUGCAUUCACAACUCUCAGCAUCGGCAAUGCUUUGGUAGGGACACACCUGAACGUGAAGCUGCUGCUCUACACCAGACAGAACCCAACCUGUGCUGAAAAGCUCAAUUCACCAGCCUCCAAGUAUCUAGAUGUGACCAAGAAAACUACCUUCAUCAUCCAUGGGUACCGAUUCACAGGCUCUGCCCCCGUCUGGAUCCCAGACUUGGUGCACCUCCUGCUUUCUGUAGAAGACAUGAAUGUCAUCGUUGUGGACUGGAACCAUGGGGCAACAACUCUCAUCUACAGCCAUGCUUCCAGAAACUGCAAAAGAGUUGCUGAGAUUCUGAAGAAACUGAUUGAUGAGACGUUGAUUGAUGGAGCAUCCCUUAACUCCAUGCACAUGAUAGGAGUGAGCCUGGGAGCACACAUCUCUGGCUUUGUGGGGCAGCUGUUUGAUGGUGCACUUGGAAGAAUCACGGGUCUUGACCCAGCAGGCCCAUUGUACCGAGGAAAACCACCCAGUGAGAGGCUGGACCCUACAGAUGCACAGUUUGUUGAUGUCAUUCAUUCAGACACGGAUGGACUAGGUUACAGAGAAGCAUUAGGCCACAUUGACUUCUACCCCAACGGUGGGACCGACCAGCCUGGCUGCCCACUGACAAUAUUUUCUGGAUUGCAGUAUUUUAAAUGUGACCACCAGAGGUCUGUUUUCCUGUUCAUGUCAUCCCUGAAACAGAGCUGCAAUAUCACGGCGUACCCGUGUGACUCCUACAGGAAUUACCGGAAUGGCAAGUGUGCCAGCUGCAAAACCUUCUGGCCUAUGUCGUGCCCCAUCCUAGGUUAUUAUGCCCAUGAGUGGAAAAGCUAUUUAACACAACAGAGCCAUCCAGUGACAAGUAUGUUUUUUGAUACGGCAGACAAAGAGCCAUUCUGCAUUUAUCACUACUUUGUGGAUAUAACUACAUGGAACAAAGACACCAGAAGAGGCACCUUCAGCAUUGUACUAGCUGAUGAAACUGGGAAGGAGGCAGAAUCUAAAGUUAACCCAGAAGUUUCAGCCUUUCAGCGUUACAACCAAAUCACUUUGCUAGUCGGAUUUGACCAGGAUUUUGAAAAUAUAGAAAGGAUUUCCCUGACGUUUUCCACAGGAUCUGUCAUUGGCCCAAAAUUCAAACUCAGGAUUCUCCAAAUGAGGUUCCGGUCACUUACAAAUCCAGAAAGACCACAGCUGUGCAGGUACGACCUUGUGCUGAUGGAGAACACCAAACACACCUUCAAGCCUAUCCCAUGCUGAGGUAGGAGCUAAGACCUGCAUGUGUCACAUCUGACGGUGACAGCCGUUCACAGCCGUCUGGGGACUCACCCGAAAGCUCCACGGCACCUCCUGCGGAGACCAGACGACAGCGCGGCAGGGCACUUGUAUCAAUGACCUGAUUUAUAAACGGGGCUGUGGAACUGACACAAGAAACACGAGGUCCUGCCGUGCUUCUGGGAUUCGGGACCGCCUUUGUGCCCCGGGGAGGAGGCGGGUCCCUCGGGGCGGCCGCGCUGCGCUCCGCCCCGCGCCUGCGCG